UCGAUAAGACCCCGCCCCGUGCCCGGAGCAAGGGGCGUGGUGGCCGCUCCGACAGCAAGAUGGCGGCGGCCGGGGCGGGGAAGGUGUCGAAGGCGGCGGGCGCGGCGGUGAAGCCGAUCUUCAGCCGGGACUUGGGCGAGGCGAAGCGGCGGGUGCGGGAGCUGUACCGCGCCUGGUACCGGGAGGUGCCCAAUGCCGUACAACUAUACCAGUUGGACAUCUCGGUGAAACAGGGGCGUGAUAAGGUGCGGGAGAUGUUCGUGAGGAAUGCCCAUGUCACAGACCCCAGAGUGAUUGACAUACUGGUUAUAAAGGGGAAAAUGGAACUACAGGAAACUGCUCGUGUAUGGAAGCAGCGGACACACAUCAUGCGGUUUUUCCAUGAGACAGAAACUCCGCGACCCAAGGACUUUCUGUCCAAGUUCUAUGUGGGCCAUGACCCUUGAGACAAACUGACUGAAAAACUAAAUCUGUGUUUCACUGUCUUACUGCAAAUAAAGCUCUGUAUAUUGGA